UAUUCAGCAGUCAGCACUCUGCUGUGAGCAGUCGAACAGUGAAGUUGUGUUACACCGCGCAAUAAAACGAUCGUAAAAUAACACGCGAAUUUAAGUUUGAUAAUUAAUUAGUGAGAGUGUAUUGUGCACUGUUUGGAACGGCUGUUAUGUUUGCACCUAAGAUGUGCUGAUUUAAAAAUUUCGGUAACCUUGUUAUUUCAUAAUAGAAAACCAAUUAAAACUUUACCAAAUUAACACGAAUCAGUUAUGGUUUAGCAACUAGCCUUGGUACACACGAAAGAAAGGUGUUAGCUGAUAAUGGUGUGAUUUCGUCCUUUUGAUGUGUCAAUAAUGGCAUUCUACCGUUGUGGACCGACGGCGAUCGGCAGCCGGGCAUCCUGGUCCGUGACCAGCCCUGAUAAGACAUACGAGCGUCCUCUAAGUGGAAAUUAUGAUAGGAUCUUCAACGCCUUCGAGAGGACCAACGCAUUUGAGUACGUCAAGAGCACCUUCGAGGGGAAGGAAGAAAGGCAUACGGGAUGCGGUGAACUGGUGGUAAAUCGCAGAAUGUCGAGCAGUUUCGAGAGGGCGGACUGUGCGCUGGCUGCGCAGACGCCGUGUUCUGAAGACGAGGAGUUUUAUAAGGAGAAGGUGCUCUACUCACAGGCCAGACAGCUGUUCCCAUUGCAGGAGGACUUGGCUGAUUGGAUCAAUAAAACUAUUGGUAUCACAUACCUCACGGGCGAGAACUUUCUAGAUGUUCUGGACAACGGUGCUGAAUUGUGUCAGCUGGCUGCCGUCAUACAUGACCGGGCGCGGGAGGCGCUCGACCAGGGAAUUAUAGUUGGGCCGGUGCCAGCGAUCAGAGGAAGAUGUUGGCAACGUGCAGCAAGGCGCAGCUUCUUCUCUCGGGACAACGCCGAGAACUUCAUCACCUUCUGUCGUGAAUUGGGCGUUCAUGAAAACUUGCUGUUUGAAAGCGAUGACCUUGUCCUUCACAACCAACCACGACAGGUGAUCCUCUGUCUUCUAGAAGUGGCCAGACUGGCCACGAAGUUCAACGUAGAGCCUCCAGGUCUAGUCGCGCUGGAGAAAGAAAUCGCACUGGAAGAACGGGACUCGGGAUUAGAUUCAGCCAUGUCUGGAGCAGCCUGGCAGUUCAGGGACUCAUCACCACCUCUUGAUAAACCAACCAAAAAAGAGAAGCAAACAUUGGAACCUAAUGAGACCUUAAAUUCCAGAAUUAAUAGGCCUACUGUCGAUCCUCGCAAUCAACAGAUUCGGAUAUAUAUCAAUAAUCCAUUUUGCCUACUUGUUUUUAUGGAGUUUUAUGGAAUACCUUUUAUUGCAAAUGAAGUAUGCGUGGAGGACAGCGUGGAAGUGGCGAGCACGCGAUCGGAUAGUUCCUCUGACACCGAUGUUCCACUCAGACCCACGAAUGAGCUCGACAAAAGGGUACAAUCAAUAACACGUCUAUUGGAACGUGGUUGUAGAUGUGGUUCGGGCAAAUGUUCACGGCUGUUGAAAGUGAAGAAAGUGGGUGAAGGGCGGUACAAUAUCGCCGGCAGAAAUGUCUUUAUAAGGUUACUAAAAGGUCGCCACAUGAUGGUCCGCGUCGGCGGUGGCUGGGACACUCUGGAGCACUUCCUAUCUCGUCACGAGCCCUGUCAGGUGCGCCUUGUCACUCCAGGACGCCGAGACCUUCUGCCACUCGCACCCACACCCGCUUCCAACACCGCAAAGGAGAGAACUACACCGUCCCCCACCAACCGUAUCUCACCCAAUAGAACCACCCCAUCCCCAAGUAGUACCGAAAAGAUCUCGCGGAACAGCGUCUCCCCGUCGAGUAGCAAAACCUCCCUCAAAGAAUCUUCCGUUUCCCCAGCUCAUAGCAAAGCUUCUAUCGACAGCUCACCAGUCGAGCCCUUCAAACAAAAACCCAAGAACACCCCAAAGACCACACCCAACAAACCAGUUACAAGAAAUCGUUCCGCUUUAACGUUACCCCUGAACGAGAAGCCGAGAAAGCAAUCAGCCCCGGCCAGCUUCAGCACUCCAAACACACCAAUAAACAGACCUGAACAGAGGAAGUCCGUGCCGACGCCCAAAAAAUCUCGCAGCAUGAGUCUAGCGCUCCAGAACGAUAAGAAAUUCUGCGGCACAGACAGAUUGAACCAAGCCAGAAAAUCCAGCGUACCUGACGCGCGAAAAACUCGAAGCCAGAGUUUAGCGUCGACACCAAUAAAUGAGCCGAAGAAAUUGCUGCCCACGUAUGGAAAGAAGACAAGAAGCAUGAGUCUGGCAACCACAAAUGACUUUCCGAAGCCCUUGAAGAAGAGUCUGUCGGCCAGCAGCACUCCAGUAACGCAGGCAGCUAUAGAAGAGAGUAUCAGAUUGUCGUUGGAAGCGACGAUUGCUGACCCUACGUCGCCUAAGAAGCCAUUCCUUCACAUCAAAGCCAAAUAUAGAAGUCCACCACCAAGAGAAGUGCCGCCGAGAUAAUUCAUUCCAUAAGGAACUUGUGGAGCAUAUUUAUAUACGUGACAAGCAUGCGUCACAUUUGGAAAUCAUCACAAAGUUUAUUUUGGGAAUCCUUUUCAUAUAAAUAAAUAUAUAUACCAUGAUCGGCAAGAUAAUCCGUAUUCCACGAAGUAAUUUCUGACGGAUAGAGACAACUGGAUAAUGUCAAAUUGGCAUAAGAGAACUAAAAGCCUUGUCUUGAGAGAUGUCAAGUUGUCAAGAAACAAAUGACAGUUGAGACUUUUGACAAGUUUGGGAAUACGGCCAGAGCAAGAAAAUAUAAGCGUCAAAGAAUAACAAUAAAUAUUGGUACAACAUUAAAUGUACCUAAAUAAUAAUACAAAGUAAUAACAAUUAUUACAAAAAUCUUGCUUAGAUUUUGAUGGCUUGGAUAGUCUGUGGUGCUAAAGCAAAAGCAGUCUAUGGAUUUUCAAAAUAAUUGUGAUUAAAACAAACUCUGCUCCCAAAGUUCCAUUCCUAAUACCAAUACGUAGAUUUUAUAAAUACGCUAUUUAUUAUAAAAUCUACUAUUCAGUGGUAUUUUAGCUUUAGAUAUUGUAAGUGUUUGCACGCAUAGAUUUUCAUAGAAUUUGUUCGCAAUGAAUAAUGUUCAAUAUUUUGUUUAGUUCAAUAAUGCCCACAGCGCUGUUCAUAAUUUCAAUUCUAUUUUCAUUUUAAUAAAAUAUUCAAUGGCCAUAUAAUAAUUGCCGUCACAUAUAAUAAAUAUAAUGCUAUUUUCGAAUAUUUAAUGUCAUAACGAUACUUGUCAAGAUGCUUUUAUGAUUGUACAUUGUCAAAGUAAGAUUUUGAACAUUUGAGCUUGACAGGGAACACCACAGACUAGUUGACAAUACAGAAUAAGAACUUGGUACGCUUUAAAUUAUUAAGAUAGAUUAUAAAACCAGUGGCUGUAUCUGUUUCGUAAUCAUUUGUUUUUUUCUUAUAGGCAAGUAGGUCAGACUUCUUAGCCUGACAUUUACCGACUUUUGGGUCUAUAGCAGGGUUUCCUUACUAUAUUUUCCUUCAGCGUACGAGCAACUGUUACAAUGCGCAUAGACAUAAAGCCUAGACUAGACCAACACAAUGCGUAGACAUAGCAUGCUUUAUAAUCUGUUAAAUUAAUAUUAAUUAAUCAUAUCAAAAAGUCAGGACUGGGUAAUUCAUUAGCUCUUUUGAAUUUUCCUGUGGUCGUAGGUUCGAUCCCCGGCUGUGCACUGGACUUUCAUUCUAUGUGCGCAUUUAACAUUCGCUCGAACGCCGA